CCGAAGGUCAUCUACGCCUCCAGGACCCACGCGCAGCUCUCCCAGGCCGUCCGCGAGCUCCGCAGCACGGCCUACCGGCCCCGGGUGUGUGUGCUGGGCUCCCGGGAGCAGCUGUGCCUCCACCCCGAGGUGAAGCGGCAGGAGAGCAGCCACGUGCAGAUCCACCUGUGCCGCAGGAAGGUGGCCAGCCGCUCCUGCCACUUCUACAACAACGUGGAGGAGAAGAGCCUGGAGCAGGAGCUGGCCGCGCCCAUCCUGGACAUCGAGGACCUGGUCAGGAGUGGCAGCCGGCACAAGCUGUGCCCGUACUACCUCUCCCGGAGCCUGAAGCAGCAGGCCGACAUCAUCUUCAUGCCCUACAAUUACCUGCUGGACGCCAAGAGCCGCCGGGCCCAGGGCAUCGACCUGCAGGGCGCGGUCGUGAUCCUCGACGAAGCGCACAACGUCGUGAGUACUGGUCUGCCCUGCCGGGUCUCCCCAGGGGCGCCCCGACCCGCAACCAGCCCUCGGGCUCCUGCUGGCACCCAGAGCUACAUCUUCGAGCUGUUCGCCGAAGCUCAGAUCACCUUCCAGACCAAGGCCUGCCUCCUGGACUCCCUGGACCAGGUCAUCCAGCACCUGGCCGGCCGCACCGGGCCGCUGGCCAGCACCGCGGGACUGCAGAAGUUGGCGGACAUUGUCCAGGUCGUGUUCAGCGCCGAGGACGCCGGGCCGGAGCUCUCCCAGUGCUACAAGGUGCACGUCCACCCCGACGCCGGGCACCAGCGGACAACCCAGCGCUCUGAGGCCUGGAGCGCCGCAGCGGCCAGAAAGCCAGGUACCGCGCGUCGGGCGCAGCGGCCGGGCUCUACCCGAGGCCCCGCCCGCUUCUCCGACGCCUGCCUGUCCUCGCUGGGGAAGGCGCUGGGCAACAUCGCCCGCGUGGUCCCCCACGGGCUGCUGGUCUUCUUCCCCUCCUACCCCGUCAUGGAGAAGAGCCUGCGCUUCUGGCAGGCCAACGGCGUGGCCAGCAAGCUAGAGGCGCUGAAGCCCCUAUUUGUGGAACCCAGGAACAAAGGCAGCUUUUCCGAGGUCACGGAGGCCUACUGCGCUCGGGUCGCCGCCCCGGGAUCCGCCGGGGCCACCUUGCUGGCCGUGUGCCGCGGGAAGGCCAGCGAGGGCCUGGACUUCGCCGACAACAACGUGGCCGCUGCGCCCAGCCCCCUGUGUGCCAGGAAGGCCAGGAGCCCGGACCUGCACGUGCCCAGCCUGCAGCGGGGGCGCUCAGGGACGCCGGCCCCCAGGGACACCGAGAGCAGCCUGUGCGUGGAGUAUGAGCGGGGGCCUGGUCGGGCCCUCAGCAGGCCCGCGGGGCUGCUGGCCGCCCUGGACCACAGCGAACAGCAGGCCGCGGGCCUGGGGGAUGAGGCGCCCCCCCAGGAGGAGGAGCGUGUGCCGAGGCUGGCAGAGGAGCGGCGCGGAGGGAGGAAGCGGAUCAGGCUGGUCGGCGGCCCGGGGGCGCCCCUGGCCGGAGCGCAGGAGGACAGGGCCAAGGUGUUCCUGGCCGCGGUGAAGCGGGCGCUGAGCCGGGCCAGCUUCGACGCCUUCACCCGGGCCCUGCAGGACUACAAGGCCUCAGAUGACUUCGAGGCCCUGGUGGCCCGCCUCGGUCCACUCUGGGCCAACGAUCCCGAGAAGCACGGCCUGCUGCAAGGCUUCUGCCAGUUCGUGCGGCCUCACCACAAGCAGCGCUUUGAGGAGACCUGCCGUCAGCUGACCGGCCGGGGCUGCGGGCCCGAGCAUGGCCAUCCCCGUGGGCUUGGGGCUGGGCCGGGCCAGGCCGAAGGGGGUGCAGACCCCAGGCUGACCGUGUCCCAAGGCGCAGCCCAGCAGCUGGACCCUGGAGAGCAUCUGAACCAGGGCGGCCCCCACCUGCUCACCGGGCCUCCCCACACAGGAGCCCCUGGGGCCGAGAAGCCAGGCCAAGCUGCUGCCCGCGCCUACCUGGCCGAGGCCCGCCGCGCCCUGGGGGCUGCCGCCUGCAGCCGGCUGCUGGCCGCCCUCAGGGCCUACAAGCGCGACGACGACUACGACAAGAUGGUGGCCGUGGUGGCCGAGCUCACCACCGCCCGGGCCCAGGACGCGCCCCUGCUGCAGAGGUUCGCCAUGUUCGUGCGGCCGCAGCACCAGCAGCGCUUCCGGCAGACGUGCAGGGACCUGGCCGGCCCUGCCUCCCGGAGGUGCCCGGCCUGCCACGCCGCCGCCAGGAAGCAGAGCCUCGCGCAGGUGUUCUGGCCCGAGCCCUCAGACGCGCCCCUGGGGGACCCGAGCACAGCGGCCGCACCCGCCUGUGAGGACCCCGGCGGCCUCCUGGGCCCGGGGCGCCAAUAAACCUGCGCCCUGCGGCUGUGGCUGGUCUGCGCCUUUGGGGCGGGAGGCCAGCGCUGUGCUCUGGCGCGUCACUGGCACGGGCGCCCCGACCCCUCCUCGGCCAGGAGCCGAGCGACGCGGUGCCCAGCACCAGGCCUUCAGCCCCUCACAGUCACAGCCCGGCCGGGGCAGGAGGGGCCGAGGCUGGGGCUCCCCCGGCUGACCCCUCUCCUGGGCAGGGCCGACACGGCCCCGAGGCUGCAGCUCCGGGCCCCGCAGCGGGCAGACACAGGCCUUGUGGGAGCCCGCGGGCACCGCUGCCGCUGGACCAUGAAGCCCUCGGAGACCAGUGUGGGCACCCCUGGGCAGCCGCCCUGCUCUGGGCUGGCGCAGAGGUCGAGCAGCGGCCGCUUCUGCCGGGAGCAGGCACCCUGCCUGCCGGCGGCCGUCCCGGUGGACGCCCUCACCCGCGCCCAGCCGGAACACGCAGCGCGGGCCCUGCCCCCGGGGCACCUUCUCGGCCCGCGGCUCCAGCCCCAGGGUGUGCCGGCCGGGCCUGACCCUCCGUGCACCAGCUGCCCCCGCAUGUGGCCUCCCAGGACAUGUCCCACAGGAGGCUGCUGCAGGCCCUGGCGCGCCCCCAGGGAGGCCUCACCCGCUUGCGGGUGAAGCUGCGGGGCUGGGGACGGGCGCCCACGGCUCCCGGGGUCCGAGUGCCGCCAGGCAGCAGAUGGGGCG